AUGCCUUCAUCUUCAUCCUCUCCAACUCCAGCUCAGGCUUCAACUUCGUCUGCUUCCAUCUCUAAGACUUCGAUCUCUAAAAUCAAUGUUGAUAGGGACAAGUAUGAUUGUAGAAUGUACGAGAACAAAUACCCUGAGGUUGAUGAUCUCGUUAUGGUCAACGUGCGUCAAAUUGCAGAAAUGGGUGCCUAUGUGACCCUGCUGGAAUAUAAUAACAUCGAGGGCAUGGUUCUUCUUUCCGAGCUUUCUCGCAGAAGGAUUCGCUCCAUCCAAAAACUGAUUCGAGUUGGAAGAAACGAGGUUGUCGUUGUUCUUCGGGUGGAUAAAGAAAAGGGCUAUAUCGAUCUCAGCAAGCGCAGAGUUUCCCCAGAAGAGGUACAGAAAUGUGAAGAGAAAUUCUUAAAAAGCAAGGCCGUUCAUACAAUUAUGAGAAACAUCUCCGAAAAGCAUUCCAUCUCGACGGAAUCUCUGUACGAACAGCUUGGUUGGCCCCUUUAUAAACAAUUUGGACAUGCUUAUGAUGCCUUCAAGCUGGCCAUUGAGGAGCCAGAGCGCGUUUUCGGGGGCCCCGAAAAUCCAUAUGGCCUCGAUGCCAAGGUUCUGGACGAUAUCCUUGUCAAUAUCAAUCGCCGCUUAUUGCCUCAAAAGGCGAAAAUCAGAGCCGAUAUUGAGGUCAUGUGCUAUACUUUCGAAGGAAUAGAGGCCAUAAAGGAAGCCCUUCGCGCAGGAGAAACGCUUUCCACGGAACAGAUUCCCAUCAAAAUCAAGCUCGUUGCCCCGCCUCUUUAUGUGAUCUUCACAAACUGUUUUGACAAAAUCCAAGGUUUGGAGCUACUGGCUGCAUCGAUAGCCAAGAUUUCGGAAAAGAUCGUUUCCUUCGGUGGGAUGUUAAAUGUGAAAAUGAAUCCUAGAGUUGUUUCUGACGUUGACGAUUUGGAGCUUGACGCAAUGAUGAAGCGCGCAGAGCAAGAAAACGCGGAAGUUUCUGGCGAUGAAGACAAUUCUGAAGAAGAUGACAGUGAAAGGGCCUCAUAG